AGAGUGAACGUGAAGUGCCAAGACGAAGGUCAGAAAAGCAGAAGUGGCGAAUAACGAGAGGUCUUUUUUAUAACUCAGAGUCACAGCCGACAUAAAUAAAACCACCGUGAAGGCAAAUCAACUCCAGGUGAUUGACCAUGGCUGUGAACGUAUACUCGACCUCAGUGACCAGCGAUAAUUUAAGUCGCCACGACAUGUUGGAGUGGAUCAAUGAGUCUCUACAGAUGAACCUCACCAAGAUAGAAAUGUUGUGCUCAGGUGGUGCAUACUGCCAGUUCAUGGACAUGCUGUUUCCCAACUCAGUGCCUCUGAAGAGAGUUAAAUUUGGUGCCAAGCUGGAGCAUGAAUACAUCCAUAAUUACAAGCUCCUGCAGCUGUCCUUCAAAAAGAUGGCAGUAGACAAGAUCAUUCCAGUAGACAAACUGGUGAAGGGGAAGUUCCAGGACAACUUUGAGUUCGUUCAGUGGUUCAAGAAGUUCUUUGACGCCAACUACGAUGGAAAGGAGUACGACCCGGUGGAGGCGAGGCAGGGCCAGGACGCCAUGCCCCAAGGACCCUCCCUGUCAGCGCUCAACAAACCCCCCAAGAAGGCCCUCAGUCAAGCUCCUCAGAGGCCGCCUGUCGCCAAGGUAGCGCCCAAGUUGUCUGACGUUAGGGCGAGGAAGCUGGGGAUGGGAGGAGGCGACGAGGAGAGGGCGGAGCUUAUUAACGAGAUGGACAUGCUGAAGUCGACCAUUCAGGACAUGGAGAAGGAGAGAGAUUUUUAUUUUGGUAAGCUGAGGAACAUCGAGCUGAUCUGCCAGGAGAAGGAAGGAGAGGGCGACCCGACACUGCAGAGGAUCAUCGACAUCCUCUACGCCACAGAUGAUGGUUUCGUGAUACCGGACGCUGAGGAGCAGGAGGAGUUUUAAUAUUCAAGACAGCGAGAUCAAAAUGUGAAAUAAAAAUGUUUCUAUGAAUAAUUCUAAGUUUCUUUACAUCCCUCCACAGCUG